AUGGGGGGCACCUCUUCGGAACCCCUUUCCCAGGCGCGCGCUCUCCGCUGGAAGAGGCGCAGAGAGACACUUUCCGGGGAAUCUUAAGUGUGCAGGAGGCUGGCUGGGGGGCUCAUCCGGUCCCAACGCCCGAGGCUCGGAAAAAAGAGAGUUGGCGGAGGGAGCAGACUACGUGCCGGGCCAUGGCCUAGGCCCUUCGGACCCGGCCCCGGCCGCAAUGACCUCUUUGCCCUGCCCCCUCCCUGGCCGGGACGCCUCCAAAGCCAUCUUCCCGGACAUCGCCCCUGUCCCAUCGGUAGUGGCUACCUACCCGCUUGGCCUGUCCCCCGCAACCGCAGUCGCCCCCGAUUUGCCCUACUCUGGGCCCUAUGGCCACCUCCUGUCCUACUCUUACACUGCGCCGGCGACCCCGGGAGACUCCUACCUGCCCUGCCAGCAACCGGCGGCGCCCUCUCAGCAGGAGCCGAAGGCAGACUCGGAGAAGCCGCCGCUGUCCCCGGAGUCCUCGGAGCAGCGCCCGCAGGCCCCGACCAAGAAGCUCCGCAAGCCGAGGACCAUCUACUCGAGUCUGCAACUGCAGCACCUGAACCAGCGUUUCCAGCACACGCAGUACCUGGCGCUGCCCGAGAGGGCCCAGCUGGCCGCGCAGCUCGGCCUCACCCAGACCCAGGUGAAGAUCUGGUUUCAGAACAAACGCUCCAAAUACAAGAAGCUCCUGAAGCAGAACUCUGGAGGACAGGAAGGGGACUUCCCUGGGAGAGUCCCCCCCUUGUCUCCCUGCUCCCCGCCCCUUCCAGCCCUCUGGGAUCUGCCCAAGGCAGGGGCCCUGCCCACCAGUGGCUAUGGCAACGGCUUUGGAGCCUGGUAUCAGCAUCACUCCCCAGAUGUCCUGGCUCCAUCUCAGAUGAUGUGA